CAGACACCCACGGGAGGGAGGGAUCCUUUUUUCAAUACGUCUUUCCGGACAAGUAGUUUCCGUGCCACUAUUUCUAUUGACGACCCGUCCACAACAAUUAUAUUUCAUGCUCCUUGCAUACACCAAAGACCGACGCGCCGUUACAAUUGCUGAUUUCCUAUAAAUUACAGGUGGUGCACGAGCAUCCAAAGAUCUAUGUCACAUUCGAUUGCUACAACAAACUUCGAGUUGCUGCAGAACAUGUAUUGAGCAAUUUUGACGACGAGAUAAGCUAGUGCAUUAAUUAUUCGCGUGGUAUCUAUCCCCAUCAGGCUACCCUUGGAGGAAAGCAAGUCAACGCAAAGACAUACAUCUGUCCUUUCAUCUUCCUCUUUGCUAAGGUAUGAAAAGCUUUGAUCUUUGAGUUCACCUCAGCAUAUUAAGACCACAAGAAAUAAGUAUAUAGAAGUAGUAACUACGCCAACACCGUAUAAGUACUAAAAAGUAACAAACUAGCAACAUCAACAUGUCUACUUCUGCAGCGACUACUUCUGGUGGUGGCCUAGGUGCUUCGGGUGCAGGCACGCUUUCCGUGAGCUAUUUCAACGAUACGCCUGUGUACAACCUGUCCGCCGGGAGGUCGACGCCGCAGUUUCUCCAGGA